AAGACUAACAAAAACAUAACAUUUGCAUUUUGGAACAUAAAACAGCAAACUUAAUGAACUACUCCGUCCAGCACUAGGCAUAAUGGGAAAUGUGGGCCGUCACUACAAUGUUUUAGUACAAAGCUUAAUUUUGAUCCUCUCCCGUUUGCCAUUUGUGUUUUUUUAAUAUAGGUUGGCACUAAAAAGUUGGGUGUUGAAAGACAAAGUUGUUGGCAGGUUUGCCACCAAGAAGGAGAGAGAGUAUGAAGUUUUAAUAAGGGACCAUGAUAUGCACAAAGUCUGUUAACCUGUUCGGUAGAUUGUUUUGUUCUAUUGAGGAUGGUGGAACACACAAAUGGACUAACGUUAGCCUACACUAAACUAGGCCUACAGCAGGCUGAGCAGGAACAACAAUUUGUGAGUGAAACAGCCAUAAUCAGUCUUUAUAAACUAAAGUUUUGGUUAUGAAGAAAUCAGUCAGAAUGUUAGAUUAAUCUGUUGUUUAACUCCAUGUUUACCGCAUCUCGCACCUUUCUGUGCCACUGCCUGUGGUGUUGUAGUCUUUUAUUUUUGAAUAGGCCUUGUAGUGCUGUAGACUGCUGUGUCUAUUUUAUGUUUGAAUAGGCCUUGUAGAACCCUACUGAGUUUGUGCCGGUUUAUUAUUAUUAGGGUUCAAUCCGUGAAGCAAUUGUCCCAAUAUUAGGAAAUGAAAAAAAACCCCUGACAUUCGGAAUACUUUCGAAUGGGCAUGCCAAAUGUCCUGACCCAAAUAGCAGCAAUGUUUCCAAAUGGCCACAGACAUAAGGGAUAUGAAAGGUCAAAAGGCCACAUCCAGUGCAUUUCAUUGGAUCUCGGCCCUUCAUACUCCUUUAUAAAGUUGCACCCUUUUCUCACUGAAAGUUGGAGUUGCAGUGAUUACCUGACUGAAAUUUGAUGGUUGUAGGUUCAUGUUAAGGUGCCUAAAAAGCUGCACAAAGGUCAUAAGAUUGCCAGGUACCCCCAAAUGUCCCAACGGUUGUGAUUUACAAUGCUUAAAGGGGGCCCACUUAUGUAGGUGCAAUCAGUUAAUUAUGGAGAUCAGAAUUAUCAAAAAUAAUUAUAAAUAAUGUUAAUUUAUAAAGGGCACCACUCUUCUUAAAGAAGAGAAAUGAUUGCCAAUUAAUUGACUGAGUCUCACUAAACUAUCAAUUUGAAAUUCAAAUUAUGUGGUAGUCAGCCACCUUAUCCUCCCCAGCCCCGUGUUCUCUGUUGUUCUCUCCUACCCCGGUGUGUCUCCUCGAAUGUCCCCAACUUGUCUCUGGAUGUGUGAGUGUGUAUGUGUGUGUAUGUCUCCUGGUCUGGCUCCUGCUGCUGAUCACUAGCAUACCUGUCUACAAUCAUCCAUCAGUCUCCACAGCUUAAAUACCAGGCUCUCCCACAACACCAACGCCAGAUCGUCCACGUACAGUUGUACGACCACUACGUCAAGGCUCCUCAGACUUACUAAGUUAAGUACUCUUUGCUAGUGUGUUUUUGCCUCGUUUUUUUAUCCUGUUUUUGCUCUGCCUCACAUUUAUCCUGUGAUCACAGUUCCUGUCUUUGUCUGGUUUCCUGACAGCCUGCCUGCCUGUCUCUCCAGCCAUUCCACCUUGCCUGUCUCCAACUACUCCACCACGGAGCCAGACCCUUUGCAUCCAACCUGCUCCAUGAUCUUGGUUCUGCUGACGGUCAGUCUCCACAGGCCAGCCCAGGUCUACACGGUACCACCUACACCUCGCCUCAUGGACUAAUCUGCCUGUCCAGAUCCCCGUGGCGUCUAAACCAACUCAGACAGUGUUGUUGUGUUCUCGGGUGUGGACAUCAUUGGAAAAUGGCCAGGUGUCUUCUUGGCCCCUGGGGCCCCCAGUGGAGGAGACAGUGCUGCACUACAGCUGUCUCCCUGGCUUCAUCCUCAUGGGCCGAAACUCAACACAGUGCAAUAAGAUGGGCAAGUGGGACAUGCCCAAACCUGUGUGUCACUAUGAUCGGCACUACAAAGGCAAGAAGAAGCUCUACAUCGGAGCCCUCUUCCCCAUGAGUGGAGGCUGGCCCGGUGGACAAGCCUGCCUCCCCGCCGCUCAGAUGGCUCUGGACCUGGUGAAUAAGAGGACCGACAUACUGCCGGACUACGAGCUGGAGCUGAUACACUACGACAGUAUGUGUGAUCCAGGGGAGGCCACCAAGUUGCUGUAUGACCUUCUGUACACAGAGCCCAUUAAAAUUGUGCUGAUGCCAGGCUGCAGCUCUGUGUCCACACUGGUGGCCGAGGCUGCUCGUAUGUGGAACCUCAUAGUGUUGUCAUAUGGCUCCAGCUCUCCGGCUCUGUCCAACCGCCAGCGUUUUCCCACCUUCUUCCGCACUCAUCCGUCUGCCACGCUGCACAACCCCACUCGAGUGCAGCUCUUCCAGAAGUGGAAAUGGACCAAGAUUGCCACCAUUCAGCAAACAACAGAAGUUUUUACAUCAACUCUGGAUGAUCUAGAGGAGAGGGUGAAGGAGGCAGGCAUUGAAAUCAGCGUUCGUCAGAGCUUCCUCACGGACCCUGCUGUGGCUGUCAAAAACCUCAAGCGCCAAGAUGCCAGAAUUAUUGUUGGCCUGUUCUAUGAGACGGAGGCCAGGAAGGUCUUCUGCGAGGUGUACAAGGAAAAGCUGUAUGGGAAAAAGUAUGUGUGGUUCCUCAUUGGUUGGUACGCAGACAACUGGUUUAAGAUCAAGGACCCAUCCAUUAACUGUACUGUGGGGCAGAUGACGGAGGCUGUGGAGGGUCAUGUGACCACUGAGAUUGUCAUGCUCAACCCAGAGACGGUGCGAGGAGCCUCCAACCUGACCUCCCAGGAGUUUCUAGCCCAGCUGAUGUUUAAACUCGGGGGUAAAAAUCCAGAGGAGACGGGCGGUUUCCAGGAGGCCCCGCUGGCCUAUGACGCCGUGUGGGCUCUAGCCCUGGCCCUCAACAAGACCGUAGGGCCCCUAAAGGCCAAGGGUCACCGGCUAGAAGAUUUCAACUACAACAACCGAGAUAUCACAGCUGAGAUCUACCGAGCCCUGAACACUAGCUCCUUCGAAGGAGUUUCAGGUCAUGUUGUAUUUGACGCUCAAGGUUCUCGAAUGGCCUGGACUCUUAUUGAACAGCUUCAAGGAGGGAGCUAUAAGAAGAUUGGAUACUACGACAGCACUAAAGGCAAUCUGUCCUGGUAUGGGAAUGACAAGUGGAUAGGCUCAGGACCCCCUGCAGACCAGACAGUGGUCAUCGAGGAGUUCCGCUAUCUGUCUCAGAAGCUCUUUGUGUCUGUGUCUGUCUUUGCUGGGUUGGGAAUACUGCUGGGAAUUGUCUGCCUCACCUUCAACAUCUACAACAGCAAUGUCAGGUACAUUCAGAACUCUCAGCCAUACCUUAACAACAUGACUGCAGUGGGCUGCAUGAUGGCUCUGGCUGCUGUCUUCCCUCUGGGCAUCGAUGGCCUUCAUGUCCAGAGGAGGCAGUUCCCCGUCGUCUGCCAGUUUCGCCUGUGGCUGCUCGGUCUGGGUUUCAGCCUCGCAUAUGGUAGCAUGUUCACCAAGAUCUGGUGGGUCCACACCGUCUUCACCAAGAAGGAUGAGAAGAAGGAUAAGAGGAAGCAGCACCUCGAACCAUGGAAGCUCUACACUACUGUUGGUGUUCUGCUCAGCAUCGAUAUCCUAUCUCUCAUGAUCUGGCAGAUUGUGGAUCCUUUACAUAUCACAGUGGAGAAAUUUACCAGAGAAGCCCCCAAAGGAGACCUGGAUGUUUUGAUCCAGCCUUUACUGGAGCACUGCAGUUCAGAAAAGUUGAACACCUGGCUAGGUGUGGUGUAUGGUUAUAAAGGCUUACUGCUGCUGCUCGGCAUCUUCCUGGCCUAUGAGACCAAAUCCAUCUCCACAGAGAAGAUCAAUGACCACCGAGCUGUGGGAAUGGCCAUCUAUAAUGUUGCUGUGCUAUGUAUGAUCACAGCUCCAGUCACCAUGAUCCUGUCCUCCCAGCAGGACGCCUCCUUCGCCUUCGCCUCCUUGGCCAUUGUCUUCUCGGUCUACAUCACCCUAGUGGUUCUUUUCGUACCCAAGAUGCGACGUCUGAUCACGAGGGGUGAGUGGCAGUCAGAUGCCCAGGAGACCAUGAAGACCGGCUCGUCCACCAAUAACAACGACGAGGAGAAGUCCAGACAGCUGGAGAGAGAGAACAAGGAGCUACAGAAGAUCAUCCAGGAGAAAGAAGAGCGCGUCUCAGAGCUGAGAAACCAGCUGUCUGAGCGACAGGCUCUGCGAUCGAGGAGAAGAGCCUCUACUGUUACCAAUCAGAACCACAGCUGUCCCCCCCUCGCCAUCCCCCAGAGUGACCCCAGGUCCCUGGCCCCUCCUCCAGGAUACCCCGCUCCCACCUCUGAUCCCCACCCCAUCUCUCCGUCCUUCGCCAACUCGUCCAACCUCUACCAGCCGGACAGCAAGAUCAGCCGAAAUAACUGCCACGCCAGCCGGCUGCAGCUGCUGUACAAGUGAGAUGGUGGUGAACAUCGGGAUGAGGACAGUAAUGACAUUCAUAGCUAAAUAGAAAUGAAGAAAAUGAAGUACAAACAUGAGUUUGAAUAAUAAAUCAGUAUCUGUUGGAGGAGCUGACUCCAAAACUCAUUCCACCGAUCAGCAGAGGCUGGAGGAUAUCCAGUGGGAAGGUUCAUAUCAAAGAAAAUUCAGAGGAAUUAAGUUUCCACUUGUUUCACUCUUUCCGAGAUUUUUCUCUUCUCUCAGAGAAAAAAAGAUGUACAUACAUCUUGUUAAUUAUACAAUUUUGCAUCUGUGACCUGCCAGUGAUUUAUCAUGUGCCAUCUAGAGUUUGAGAAAAAAACGCUCAGACUUGACUGUUCACUAAGCCCUGGCCCCGUUAGCUAGAAUUGCUAACCUGUCAAGCUUUCCAUUGUAACACUGCACAUAAUGCAGUUUACAAUGGUGGCAGAUUUACAGAAAAGUCUAAACAAAAAGUCUUCUCAUUUUUGCCAUUGAUUUUGUCAGCUGAAAUGACAUCUGUCGCUGGCAGAUUUCAUUAGAUGAUUUAUUUGCUAAUUAACGUUAGAUCCAUGAGUUGGUUGAAAACUCGGUCUCCAUCUGACUCAUUUUAAAACGAGAACCCAGGGUCUUUAAUAUGCACAUGUUGGCUACAUACAUGAUAUUGUGCUAAAAGACCUGCAUAAACACGACAAAAAGAAACUGUGUAAUUCUCAAAGCAUACAUUUGGCGCAAAAUGUGCCCCAGUUUACACCAGCGCUAAUAGCCACACGCAGUUAGAGUGAAAUUAUUAGCGUCUUCAGAGAGUUAUAAAUGGCCGUCACAUCCACACUUUCCAGUGAUCAUGGCAGCAGUGAUUGUAGCCAGGCGAAGCAACAGCGCAUCACAGUACAUCUCACUGUAUGCGCACAGGUGGCACAGAGACAGCAGGCCUCCAAUACCUGAUAUUCACCACGAGGGAAUGAAACUGUAAAACAACAUAAAACCUGCUGCUGUGAGUAACGGAGACGCUGGUUAUGCACUGUAACAGUCCAGCAGAGUAGGAGAGAAAACAGCCCCCCCAAAUAACAAUCACUACAUACAGUGAGUCAUAGAAAAAUAAGAGACAUCCUGCAGAUAGAAACAAAUGAAAGAGCAGACGGAGUUAUUAGAUCAUUUGAAUACUUAUAAUUCGAAUAAGUUCUCUUUCCACAUGAGUGGAAAGUAGGCUAUUGUUCUUGCAACUGCAUUUGUAACAUUUUUUGACUUGACAUUGCUUAAACGUCAUGUGAUCUGCUACUUCAGUACACCUUAACAACAAAUAUUACUACAGAGAACUGCAGAUGAACAUUUAACAGACGCGAAACAAUGGCAAAUUGCACUCAGCUGCAAAACUUUAUGGGCAUGUUUGCACUGCAAUAUCAUUAGCGCAUUGUCUUUUGUGAAUCAGACCUUGAGACGGCGCAGGUAGCGGUUGCAAAUGAUGCGCAAUUCAUGGUGCUAUCAGCGGCCACAGUUCAUUCUUCGAGAAUUCGCCCCAGAGACUAAACGAUAGCAUGAUAAAGAAAAUGUAAGAUCAAACAUUUAUUUCGUUCUAACAUUGAUAGAUUUGUUUUAUAAUUUAUAGUUCAUAUUUUCAAACAGUAUGUUUCACUUUUACAGGUGAAAAGACUUUGAGGAUGAAAACUAACUAAUGGGUUUGGCAAACUCGGGUAAUACUAUCUGUGGUCAAGUGUUGGGCUGGAGUGUAAACCUCCACAAAUCCAAAAGGGGCACAAGAGCACUGCUAACGUUAGCCUAAACUCUGAUAUAGUUGCCUUCAAGACCAGCUCCCACACUGUGGAUGUUCCAUGCCUGAACGGGACUUUUAAUGUUAUCUGUAUCUGUUUCAAAAUAAUGAAGUUGACAAAUGACUCUUGGCCUUGGACAUAACGCUAGGUUACUACUGUAUGUAGUAAGCCGUUAUAGCAGAUAAACACACUGUGUGUAUUGAGCUCUAUUAAGAACAAUACUAGGUAUCCAAAGCACUUGUAGGGCGGUGUCUUUUUAACCUUCCGAAACCAAAAACACAUGAGCUAAAGUGUAAGGAAUGAAAUAUAGUGUUUGUGUAGCUUUAGUCUCAGUCUUCUUGAUAUCAUGUAUGUAGCCUUGAAGUGCAUAUUUAAGAACCCUUUAAACAUGGCUCUCAUUUUAAAAUGAGACAGCUAGAAACAAUUAAGUCACUGACUUAGUGUUAAUUAGCAAGCUAUAGCUGAUAAAAUCUGCUAGCAACAGUUGCUAUGUCAGCCGACAAAAUCUACGAUCAUUGACUAAAAUUAGAAGCUUCUUUCAUUUGCUUAUAUGUGAAAUCAAAGACUCAUCAUUUAAUAAAUUACUAAGAAUUUUGAUGGUAAAUCUGCUUACAUUAUCAUUGAAAACUGCAGUGCUAGAAACAAAAGCUCGACAUGCGUAUCAACAGUGACUAAUAGGGAGGGUCAAUUGGUGACCAAUAUAUUAUGGCAAAGCAUUUCUCAUAUCUGUCACAGUAUUGCCUCCUAGUGUGUUUAGAUGCUAUGUACUGUAUUAAGAGGCUGGACAAAAGGACAGACUUCAUGAGAAGUGAUGCCAGUUUUGUGACAAAGUAACUGGUUGUGUCCAUUACAUAGUCAUUUUAGCUCCUCUUGUUAAAUGUUUGAUAGUGGUUUUUACAUUGUCUCUGUUCAAAGAGACUGCUGAGUCAUUGUACAUAGUUGUGUGUGUUCAUGCUAAACCCUCACUGUGGAUGAACUCGGUUCUAUUUACUGUAUCAAGUGUUGUGACUGCACUCAAGAGCUGAAGGAGCAUUACAUGAGGCUAAAAGCAUCCAUUCAAACACCUUUAUCUGUUUAAUGUUGGCUGCAGCUGUGUCCAGGUGUUUACGUUUCCUUUGGACAAGACAGAUAAAUACCAGAAAUGAAAUGCAAUGGACAAGCUGUCAACUGACAAGGCUUAAAUGUCAGAAUUUUUUGUAUGUAAUAUGUAAUAUUUUUGAAGUUGUUCUCCGGGAGCUAAAUUCUUUUCAUGUCUAAAUGAAAUGUCCAAAGCAUAUCUUGGUGCAUGUUGCUGCAUGUUUAAAAGAUUUGUUUCUGGUUGAGAGAACAAAGAAAACAUUGCAGAACAGACUGGUACUGGUUGAUAUCGGUGGCAGCAGGUGUGGAAUUUGAAUUUGGUGAAUCUGAAAGUGACUGUAACUUAAAAUUAUAUAUGAGGUUCGUAAAUAAUUUACUAUAUAUUUUAUAUUUGCAUGUAAGCUUUUGAAAUUAGUAAAAGAAAAACUUGUUUUUUUAAAAAAACAGAUAUGGAUUGAACAGAAGGUUUACUGAGGUAAAACAAAGCAGCACUGAUUCAACCUACAUUUUGAAAACCUUUUGAACCAUCAGCACCUUUCUGUCUUUUAUUUGGGGCACCAAACAAAGUCACCUCAGUUUUGCCUUUAUUUAGAAAGAGAUCAUUCUGGCACAUCUGGUCAUUAAUUUGUUAAGGGGACUAAAAUAAGCCAGUGAAAAAGAGAUGUAGAUUUGAGUAUUGUCAGCAUAAAUAUAGUAAUCAAUAUUGUUGUUAAUCAAAUCUGGCCUAACGGAAGCAUGAUUAGAUUUAUUAGAAGGGGGCUGUGUAUUGAUCCUUGUGGCACUCCACAGGUCAUGUUUGGAAGGAAAAUUGCUAAUGGCCAAUUUUUCAAAUUCUGAAAUAUAAAUUCAAAUAGAAUUAAAUGGAAAAUUCAAUAGAAAUUCAAAUCUGAGGCGCACUGCAGUAUGGACUAAUACUGCACAUCACCCACAAGCACAGCAGUUUGUCACUGAUUUUAGUUUUUCAUGCCUGACUUGCUCUCUUGCCAAAAGUGUUAGCUUAAAUCGCCCAGGGUUAGUUAAUAACAGAGGGUUUAAUAACAAACUGCCUCAUUUUCCAAGUUCAGUUUGCUUCAACAACAACUCACAUUUCCUUCAUAGCUAUAAACAAACACAGAGUUUCUAGUUAUUCUUGAAAACAAAACCAACAGGCUUAUUAGAUUUCCCCUGUACAGGCCGCACAGCAUUUCACUUCUUGUGUUCACUGCUUUUUUGGUCUCACUUCUAAAUACCACAGCUUUUUGUGGGGAUUUUGUGGACAAACAGGAAGACUUCCUGAUGCAGUUUCAAUGAAAAGGUUUUCAUGGCUGAAAGUGAAAUAACAGCACAUACACACUUCUGCAUACCUAAUAAUAACUUAUGUACUAACAGAGAUAACCGCAUGGGGCUUUUGGUUUUUUAGUGCAUGUCUAUGACCAUUAUGUUGCUGUCACAGAAGUGGGCCUCACAGACUUUAGUGAAAUGAUAUGGUGUCUUUAGCACUGCUCAGAUGGCACUAGUGUUAUUGUUAGUAGGUCAGUACAGACAGUGCUAUUUCAGUCAUACAGAAAAGGUUUACAAACUCAAAACCUUUAUUGACUCAAACACUGAUGAAAUCUUUGGCAAAAACUCCACUUUGAGCUGUUGCUCGAUAGAAAAAAAACAAAGGGGCCAAAAAUAAAGUGACCCUCACUCAGACUGUAGAAAUACAAUAUUUCAGCACUGAACUGAAGCCUUGGUGCUGGGAAGGAUGUUGGAUUCAAAUCAGCAGCAGUAACUGGAGUAACUAAGCUGAUACACAGUUUCACUUCCCUCAUUGUGGUCUGUCAUUGACUGAACUGGAAAAGCAGCAUUUAAAGUUAUAAUCCUUACAAUUUUUAUGAAAUCAAACAACAUUUUUUAUACUAUUUAUGGUUGGCAUUUUUUCUGCAAUAGCCAUUCAAUGUAUUUACAUACAGUAAUUAUCUCUAUAUAGUGUUUUAAUUGAUAGUGAGUGUGCCAUUCCUGCACUGGAUUCAGAUUUAAGCCAAUUUAAGCACAAGGGAUUCAUAGGAAAUGAUGCAUGUACUGUAUGUAAUCCAGCACAGUUUUAUCUGAUAGCCUCACUGUUUACUGUUCACUCUCCUACAGCCGUAUCAGAGCUGUAUUAAGUUUCUGCUAAUGCAAAACGAACAUUUCCUACUGCUGCUGCUUCACAUCAAAAGCAUUUGACUGGCAAAACACUGGGUGGCUUUUAUUGUGUGACCAAGGUCUUUAUUAAAACAACGCGAGUUUGUUUGGCUGCACUGUAAACAGAUACACCAUCUGCUCUUCUGUUGUAUUUCUGCUGAGUAGCUGCUCAGCAAGUGUUUGCUCUAGUAUUAAAUCCACAGCAACCAUGGGUGUCACCAAAGCAACCGGGACUGAAAUCUUAAGGAUUAUGUACUCCAAACUAAAUUACAAAAUACAUUUUUUGUUAGUGCCUUCCAAAAUGGCCACAAAAAGAUUAACCUUAGUGCAUUUUCUGAUCUGCCACCUCUGUUUAAGGUUUGGUUAGAUUCAUGCUCAAAACAGUUUGGUAACAAUCACGGUAAUUGUUUAAAGUGACUAAAAGUGAUUGUCAGUAGGAAAAAGGAAACAAACCAUAGUCUUUUGCGUCAAAGUCGCACGCUUCAUUGACCCACCCAUUAUGGCUCUUCAACAGCCUCACCCUAUUUCAUCAUUGUUCAUGACAGAGUUAUAAUUCACAUGGCCAGUGGAGAUAGAGUCACUUAAUUGUAAAUAGUUUGUUAGUAGGCAUUUGAGCAAACGACAUUUGCUCAAUACAUUGCUACAUACUGGAGUUGAGUGAUAAAACAUAUUUUUGUGAUUUGACCCAUUAUGAGAUUUUUCUUUCCAUGAUGUCACCUUUCUACAUGACAAAGUCAAAAUGUCCUGUCUGAUGGGAUUGUCACAUUACCUUUGUACAGAACAAUCUGAGUUUUUGCUAAUUUCACAGAAUUUUGUGUGACAUUUGAAAUAUUAAAAAAAAACUUAAUUCGAGGUGCACUUACUAGCUUUUCCUUGCGCUUUCAACCUCAUGUCAUCGUCUUCUUCAGCGGAUGGGAUUUGCUUAAUUUGUCAUGGGUUAUGAUUUUGGCCAAACUUCUAUUUUCAAGGUUAAGAAUUAAUUUUCAUGCUCAAUUUUGUGAGACGGUAUUGGUAGGAUUAAUUGAAAGUGUCGUGUAAUGUUUGUCCCUCUGUACUAAUACAGUACCUGCCUCUCCUUGUGACAGCUCUUUAUUUUCAUUGACUGUCCAGCUAUUAAUUUUAAUUUCAUGUUUGUUUCUUUGUGUGCAAUACAUGCUCAUACGCACCUUUUUCACUGUCUUAAACUCAUGACAAAUAUAUUGUGAUCUGUACCUCAGGUUUAGAGUUGGUCUUGACUUCCAGUUUAGUCUCAUGUUCUCUCUGUGUGGUAGCACAGCUUGUUUCAGUGUGGGUAAUUUGAAUUGUCUUAAGCACUUCUGAAUUGACUAAUAACUAUAGUAUGAGGCACAGAUCUAUAAACCAUGAGAAUAUUGUGUAGUGCUCCAGCUACAUUUUUUUCAAAGUCACCAUGUGUAAAUAUCUACUGUAUGUUUGUCUGUAAUGAUGUAUUUUAACUGUCGAGUCUGUAAAGCAGUGUAGAUGUAAGUGAUGGUGAUACACAUGAGAAUAUGCACAAUGACUGUAAAUAAUGAUGACAUUCAACUUUGCAUAUAAAAGCUGUGUUUCAUGUGGUACAGUAUGCAAAAUAUAUUUCUAUAUGCUGUUAUAUCUGAUAUCAGAGAUUAUUUGAAAUGCAAGAAUGAAAAUGAAACUAAAUGUUUUUCCCAAA